AACUGAGCCUCUACUUUAAUCAAUCCUCUUUGGUGUAAACAGUAUCCCUGAAAAAUUGUCAUUCAGAGUUUUUAUUUCGAUUUUACAAUCAAUAAUUAUUCACAAUGAAGACUCGAAGGGAUCACAAACUAAAAACAGCUCUCAAAGUGAAAAAAGAGGCGAAAACUGGCGAGUCUUCCCUCAAAAAAGCUGUGAAGAACGUCAAGGAAAUAUUGAAGAAGGAUACGAAAAAGAGGAUAAAUACUGUUGUCAAGAAAGAGACAAAGCCAGUGUUGAAGAGACUAGUGAAGAAAGAUAAAAGCCAGAAGAAGCAGUCACAUGAUUUUAUUAGAGUUGAUGAGAGUAAGGAGAAGCUGUUAAAAAAAACUGCUGUAAAAAAAGAGUUUGGAGGUGCGAAGCAAGAAAGAGGAUUGAUAUACAUUGGACAUAUUCCACAUGGAUUUUACGAGGAGCAGAUGAGAGGAUAUUUCUCGCAGUUUGGAAAAGUGACACGAGUUCGAGUGUCCAGGUCUAAAAUCACUGGACGCAGCAAAGGCUACGGUUACGUCGAAUUCCUCCACCCAGAGGUGGCGAAAAUUGCUGCGGAAUCCAUGAAUAAUUAUCUGAUGAGUGGAAGACUCGUGAAAGCUGAAUAUAUACCACCGGAGAAGCAGCACGGGGGCUACUUCAGGGGUUUAAACUGGAAAAUCGGUGGCCAUCCAAAAUUAAAAACCCGAAGGAAAGCGAUUCAGAAUGCCAAUGGGCCAAUAACACAAGCUGACCACAACAAAUUCCUGAAAAAAACCGUAGGAAAACUCUCAAAGCUCUCCCAAUUGCUGAAGAACGAGGGAAUUGAUUUCAAGAUGAAGCUAGGCGAUGUAGAAAUUUAAAUACAUGUUCAUAAAUUUUA